CUUUAGUACUGGAAGGUCACCCUUUCCUUCAUCCUCACAACUUGAUAGUCAGGUUAAGAAGAGCAGAACAAAAAAAUGGAAUUUGAAACAGUUACAUUUCACUAUCGAAGAGUAGAAAGACCUGCAAUCUUCCAACUAUUGGCAAACAUAACUCAAUUGGAUUUGAAUGUUGAGGCAAACCCUGGAGAACUGAUACUCAAGUCAGCAAAAGCAAUUCCUGUCCUGAAAGACAAGGAGGGUGUAGUAUUGAUUGCUGCUACAGAGUUUGGCAAGGGUCGAAUGGUAGUUUUUGGCCAUGAAGCAUAUCUAAAAGAGCCUAAAAUCCAAAUGUUUAUAUGCAAUUGUGUGAAAUGGCUGAAAUCAAAUCCAGAUGCUGUGGUGGGUAUUCCUAAAUACUAUGAGAGUGUUGCAAGCAUUCUCACAGCUGCUGGCCACAAGGUCAAAGUAUCAGACAAGUUUGACAGAAGUAUGGGAGUGUUCUUCAUCAACGGACAGGAACAAAUCUCACAGCUCUCUGAAAUCACUGAAUUUAUCAAGGGAGGCGGGGGAGUCAUGAUUGGAGCCCAGGCUUGGUAUUGGUGCAGUUGCAAUCCUGGCAAAGAUCCCUUGGCUCACUUUCCUGCAAACAAGUUCACAGGAUUGGCGGAUAUCUAUUUUGGACCAAAUGCCAGACCCCCGGGCUGUUUUACAAUUCACACUACAACAUGUCCUGAGAAGUCAAAAACAUUUAUAAAGCCAUCUGAUAAGACGCCUGCAAUCUUCCAGCUAUUGGAGAACGUAACUGAAUUGGAUCUGACCAUUGAGGCAGACCCUGGAGAACUGAUAGUCAAGUCAGCUAAGGCAAUUCCUAUCCUGAAAGACGAGGAUGGCACAAUAUUGAUGGCUGCCACAGAAUAUGGCAAGGGUCGAAUGGUAGUUUUUGGCCACGAGUCUUAUCUAAAAGAGCCUAACAUCAAGAAGCUUAUAUGCAAUUGUGUGAAAUGGUUGAAACCAAAUCCAGAUGCUGUGGUAGGUAUCCCUAAAUACUGUGAGAGUGUUGCAAGCAUUCUCACAGCUGCUGGCCACAAGGUCAAAGUAUCAGACAAGUUUGACAGAAGUAUGGGAGUGUUCUUCAUCAACGGACAGGAACAAAUCUCACAGCUCCAUGAGAUUACUGAAUUUAUCAAGGGAGGUGGAGGUGUCCUGAUUGGAACACAGGCUUGGUAUUGGUGCUGCUGCAAUCCUGGCAAAGAUCCCUUGACUCACUUUCCUGCAAAUAAACUCACAGGAUUGGCGGAUAUCUAUUUUGGACCAAAUUCCAGAGCACGGGGCUUUUUUACAAUUCAUAUGAUAACAUGCCCUGAGAAGUCAAAAACAAGUAUUAAGACAACUGAGCAGGUGCCUGCGAUCUUCCAGCUCCUGGAGAACAUAACUGUAUUGGAUUUGAACAUUGAGGCAGACCCUGGAGAACUGGUAGUCAAGUCGACUAAAGCAAUCCCUAUCCUAAAAGACCAGGCUGGUGCAGUAUUGAUGGCUGCCACAGAGUAUGGCAAGGGUCGAAUGGUAGUUUUUGGCCACGAAGCAUAUCUAAAAGAGCCCAACAUCCAAAUGCUUAUAUGCAAUUGUGUGAAAUGGCUGAAAUCAAAUCCAAAUGCUGUGGUGGGUAUUCCUAAAUUUUACGAGAGUGUUGCAAGCAUUCUGACAGCCGCUGGCCACAAGGUGAAAAUAUCAGACAAGUUUGACAGAAGUAUGGGAGUGUUCUUCAUCAACGGACAGGAACAAAUCUCACAGCUCCCUGAGAUUACUGAAUUUAUCAAGGGAGGCGGAGGAGUCAUGAUUGGAGCCCAGGCUUGGUGCUGGUGUAGCGAAAACCCAGGCAAAGAUCCCUUGACUCACUUUCCUGCAAACAAACUCACAGGAUUAGCAGAUAUCUAUUUUGGAGCAAAUAAAAGACCCCGGGGAUAUUAUACAAUUCAUUUGACAACUUCUGGGGAGUCAAAAACAUUUAUUAAGACAUCUGAUCAGGUGCCCACAAUCUUCCAGCUGCUGGAAAACAUAACUGUAUUGGAUUUGAACAUUGAGGCAGACCCUGGAGAACUGGUAGUCAAGUCGACUAAGGCAAUCCCUAUCCUAAAAGACCAAGCUGGUGCAGUAUUGAUGGCUGCCACAGAGUAUGGCAAGGGUCGAAUGGUAGUUUUUGGCCACGAAGCAUAUCUAAAAGAGCCCAACAUCCAAAUGCUUAUAUGCAAUUGUGUGAAAUGGCUAAAAUCAAAUCCAAAUGCUGUGGUGGGUAUUCCUAAAUUUUACGAGAGUGUUGCAAGCAUUCUGACAGCCGCUGGCCACAAGGUGAAAAUAUCAGACAAGUUUGAUAGCAGCAUGGGAGUGUUCUUCAUCAACGGACAGGAACAAAUCUCACACCUCCCUGAGAUUACUGAAUUUAUCAAGGGAGGCGGAGGAGUCAUGAUUGGAGCCCAGGCUUGGUGCUGGUGCAGUGAAAACCCAGGCAAAGAUCCCUUGACUCACUUUCCUGCAAACAAACUCACAGGAUUAGCAGAUAUCUAUUUUGGACCAAAUAAAAGACCUCGGGGACUUUUCAGAAUUCAUUUGACAUCAAGUCUUCAGAGGUUAACGCAAGGAGCACCUGAAGCAUUUGGUACAUUUGGAACACACCUAGUGCAUGGAGAACAUGGAGAACAUGGAGAACAUGGAGGACAUGGAGGACAUGGAAUUCAUAUGACACAUGGAAUGCAUGGAGAACAUGGAAUAUGUGGAGCACUUGGAGGAAAUGAAAAACAUGUUCACUCCGCAGAAACAUUUGUUAAGGAGCAGGAAAGUGGACUUCAUCGGGAGGUCCAAAACGUACCAGGGUUUUUUUAUACUGAGCACAAGACAAUUUCAUACUGGAAGUAAAAACUGAAGACGUAAGACAUGUUGAUUUGAAUAUUCGUUCAUUCUGAGCUUUAUCUCUUUUCUAAUAAUGUUCUGAAAAAGACUAAAAUGAUAAUAGAAAUAUUGCAAUGCAUGGCGUAUGUAAUCAACGACAAUGAUCAAGUGUAUAAUCAACAAUGAAUGAUAAUAUUUAAUGGGUUUUUGAAAACAAAAAUCAGGAACUCAAUAUUUUAUUUUAAUUGAGCUUAUGUAAAAUCUGGGAUCUUUGGGAACAAAUGUAGUUCAACAUGCCAAACAUUAUAACAACUUUAAUUUAAUAUUUUAAUCAAAAAAUAUGUUUAAAUUGAAAGUAGACAGAGCAUUUGCUGUUAAUAUUUUUUGUUACUGGUAUCAGGGUUUAGAAAAAACUUUUAUAAAACCAGCACUGCUUUACUAGAGCCUUAGUUUUACAUCUUGCAGAGAGUUAUGAUUUGUGUGGAGUUUGAAUGUUCUCCCUGUGUUUUUAAGUUUUUUUCUACAGGUUCUAUUAAUUUCCUCCAAUGUUGCAAGACUUUCAUGUUAUUUCAUUUUAAAUUAGCCUCAUCUGGGUCUGCACUUCAGAGUAAUUUGACAUUAAGCAGUUUUCUAAAUGCAACAUCAAAAUCUGAUUUACUCACAUGCCCAUAAUCAAUAUUGCUGGCUAACUAUAAAGAACAACUGCACAUGUUUAAGACAAAGAUCCUGCUGACAAUUAAAAAUUGCAUGUCUCAGUUCCGGAGAAAAUUUGAUUGUUCCCUCGCUAAUAGUUUAAUAGUUAGUUUUUCUCAUGAUUUUCUUGAUGAUUUAGCUGUGAUUAUAUUUUCUGUGCUACUUGAUUCAUUCCUUUAUUGUUAAAUUUAAUCAAUCAAUAAAUAAAUGCAUUAAAU